AAAAGUGUUUAAAAUACAUUUGUAGCCGGAAGAGUUCGUCUCCCGUAUUUUUUUAUUUUUAUUUUUAUUAUUAUUUUUUUUUUUGGAGCUGAGAGGCUUCAGAAAACAUGACGUCAUGUCCUGCAAGGGAACAUAGUGAGCAUCGAUGCUCCCUGGUUUUUGUUGUGCAUUGUGGGAUUUUUUAGGGAGCGAAUGUUCCAGUGCACUGGAAGAAUUUUGCGAUUGAGACAGACCUUAAUAUGGCCGACUCCCUGAUCAGUGUCCUGAACUACUGAACUAGUUCUGUUUGAGAAAAAGAGUGAAGAUGAUGAAGUUGAACGCAUCCCGUCGUCAUCGAUGACGUCAUUACAGGAAACCAACGCACGCUUGUUUGCGGAAGUUGAUGUGAAAGAGCGCUUCCUUCUCCACACGCGCUUCGGAUCUCUGAUACUCUGCGUAACAUCACUAAAGUGUCCUGAUUCUUUACACCUCUUAUAAUGAAAUCAGAGUCCAGACGCCGCUCUUUAGGAAAAUCUCCACAGACUCCUGCUGCUACUGGCUCAAAGAUGUACCACUGCUCAGACUGUGGGAAUAGUUUUACCCAAUUAUAUACUCUCCAAGAACACCAGCGUAUCCACACAGGAGAGAGGCCAUAUCACUGCUCACAGUGUGGGAAGAGUUUUACUUGCCAGACUCAUUUCCGACAACACGAGUGCGUUCACACAGGAGAGAAGCUGUAUUACUGCGCACACUGUAAGAAGAAUUUUACCCGACCAUGUACUCUCCAAAAACAUCAGCGUAUCCACAAUGGUGUAAGGCCAUAUCACUGUGGACAGUGUGGGAAGAGUUUUAGUCAAAAGAGUAAUCUUCAGACACAUGAGCGCAUUCACACGGGAGAGAAGCCGCAUUACUGCUCACAGUGCGGGAAGAGUUUUACCCAACUAUCUACUCUCCAAAAACACCAGCGUAUCCACACAGGUGUAAGACCGUAUCACUGUGGACAGUGUGGGAAAAGUUUUACUCAAGAGAAUAAUCUUCAGACCCACCAGCGCAUUCACACAGGAGAGAAGCCGUAUCGAUGUGGGCAGUGUGGGAAAAGUUUUCGUGACCAGAGUGCCCUCUUCAGCCACCAGCAGAGUCAUACAGGACAGAAGCUGUACCUCUGCGGACAAUGUGGACGGAGCUAUACUCAUGCAAGAACAUUAAGUACACACAAGUGCGCUAACAUAAAGCCAUCAGAUCUUGAUGUGUGAAUUUGUCAAAUUAAGAUGCAUGUUAAUACAUGAUACAUUUUUUUGAAGGGAAGUGAAGACACUUUUGGCCAUAAAACUAUUAUAUUCUCUGAUGGAACGGCAUCCAAGCCAUGGUGCCUUGAGCCCAGUGUUCCUGAUAUAGUUUUCAGAUUUACUGCAACCCUGACCAGGAAAACACACUGUAAGAUCAAUGAAUGGAUUUUUGUUGUACAGGUGCUUCUCAAAAUAUUAGAAUAUCGACGAAAGGUUGAUUUCCUUGAGCUGUAAGCCGUGGUCAUCAAGAUUAAAACAAAACAACAACAAAAAGGCUUGAAAUAUUUCACUUUGUGUAAUGACUCUAGAAUAUAUGAAAGUACCACUUUUUAAAUUAAAUUAUGGGAAAAAUGAACUUUUCCACUAUAUUCUAAUAUUUUGCAAUGCAUAUAUAUGUUUCUUUAAGAAGUAAGGUAAUCUUUGUAUAAUCUGCAGAAUUUUUACUGCAGGAUCACCAUCACAAUCGUGGAUAUACAGUGAAUGGAGCAUUGAGAGAGUACAUUACCAGGGGUCUGGGUUUGAUGACCUCUUCACUUUGGUAAAUCUCAUGUUUAAUAAAGAAUCAAAUUUAUACUUUCCUUAUUAAUCAAUAAAAAUUCUCCAUAAUGCAAAUCAUAAACAGGUUUUCUCAACAGGUUUUAAAAUGUGAAAUAUUACAUAUUUAAAUCUUCAGAUGCUUUGCUUUAACAGUCACAGGUAAGCUCAUGCAUAUUCAUCAUCUUUAAUGUUUUUCCAACUUGAAUAAAGUUUACAUCAGUA